AUGUUCAAGGAACUCCAAGAACAACAACGAAACCUUGCUUCUCAUAAAAGCAAAACCCCAAAAUCAAAGAGGUUUCAGCCAUCCUCGCCUCCUGUUGUUCCCUUACCACCAUCAUAUCUCCCUCCAUCAUUCACCCCAACAUCACAGCCUACUUUCCAACCUAUCCCUGGUCACACUCCACCUGUCCCUCCGUCAUUAGUCCCAUGGGUUCCUCCACCUCCACCUAAGCCAUUGACCCCCAGGACAGCUUAUGCCCUUCUCCCUUCCCUUCAAAACCUAAAUACCUUGAGCUCUUAUCUCACCCAGCUUACUGUGCAAGACCCUAUCCCGGUCCUCACUCUCACCAAGGAUACCUCCUCAGAUACCUCAAGCUUUUGUGAGUCCUACAAUGAGCCUCCUCCUCCAGUUUUCCAAACUAGGCCUGAAGCUUCAGGUCCAAGUCCAACUCCUAGGGCAAAUACAGGAGUCACUGAGCCUAUUGUUACCAGUGACAGUGAUCAUGGAUCUGUUCAUGCUGAUGAACGACAGCAGCCGCCACCGCCUCCUCGGGCACCAACUCACCCUUUUGCCAACCAAGAUCCAAAGCAGUUAUUCACCUUUGACGGCAUUCCUUUUCACAAAUGGCCUGAAAAGAUCUCAGAAUUCCAUGCUUGGUUGAUGGCAGAACUGCUUUAA